AGACAAUCUUCCAUCAUAAUCAUUGCCGCACGAUGCUAUGGCACAACGAGAAACGGUGACGCAAAGCAGCACAAAAGAUGAUAAUGAAGAUGAAGGUUCUGAACCUGCUUUCACCUAUGUGAACAGGGUAAACAAACAAAAGCGAAAGAAUCGAAAGGGAAGACAGAAUGGUGCGGUUAAUUGUCUCUCCAGUGAAGACAUUCUACAGAAAAGAAUCGAAUAUAUAGAAAAGCGCAAAAAAGAAAUACAGGAAGAUGCAAAAUUUCGUGAAUGGCUAAAUGACUUAUUACCAAAAGAGGAAGCAGCCGCCGCAGCUUCUUGCAAGUCUGCCCUGGCUCUGGGUUUAGGAUCGGUCAAAGAUGCUCGGCCUGCACAGGUACAAUUGGCUUUCUUCCUACUGCUUUGCGAGCGUCUUGGCGUUCAACAUAUGCAGGCUUUCGAUCCGAUCUGCGGAGAUGAGGAUUUUGCACUUUUGAGAUCGUUCAAAGUUGUCUCUUUGAAGGAAAAUAAGCAAGGUCGUCAUACUUUGGAAGAGCCAACGUUCGUAUUCAUGCCGCAUUGUACAUCGACCCUGUACGAAAAUUUCUUAAAGGCGAAUUGGAGUCCUGUCGGUUUGACAAGAGUAUUGCUGUGCUGUAACAAUUUAGAGCGUUAUGCAUCAGACAGGCCAAAUCAGAAAGAGAAAAAGCAAAGCGAAGAGAAGCAAUCCGAUUCCGCAAGCAGCACAUCCCUACCUCAAUCUUGCAUUGAUCGUUCUAUAGAUUAUCUCACCAUUCGGGAAGUGCCAAAUCUCAAUUCGGGCCAAUUGAGUAAUGCACUCAAUGAUCUGGCAUUGCAAACAUUUGUACCUAUUUCAGCAAUUUUACCCCAACCUGAAGGAAUAGAAAAGGAAAGUAAGCAAACUUCAAAUGUACUUCCAGAAAAGUCAGACAGCUUCUGGACCAUCACGGAAAGUCCUGCAACAGCAGCAGAUCAGGAUCCUGAACUAAUCUAGAAACAUUUUCGAACAAUUGUAUACAGAAACAGAAAUUGUAUUGUAUUAUAUCAUUUUAUACACCUAGUCAAACCCAAAGAAUAACAGAGCCAGCUGAAAGAUGAGAAUAAUGGUAUGCAUAAUAAAUUGUGUUUUGAGAUUGGGUAUAAUCUGUUGCUUUGACGAUUAUGGAAUACAGAGCGACUUGACUUGAGAUUAGUGAUGCUAAUUUGGUACCGGAUAUCAAUCAAAAAGGUCGGAAUUGUCAAUCAUAAAUUCGAUCGUCAUCGCCUUUCCGCCCAUAUGUGCAAAUUCUUGAGCGGGAUCAUGAGAACGCAUCAAUGUUGGACCGAAAACGACACCCAAGUUCCUACUGCUCAUCC